AUGAAAACUGGUCAUGCUGAUCCCGUUCUCCCUCCGGAACUCUUAAUGGAAAUCCUAUCAUGGCUUUCGGUGAAGAAUCUCAUGCGGCUGAGGUGCGUUUCCAAGUCAUGGAAAUCACUCAUCUCUGAUGACAAAGCCUUCACAAAACUUCACCUCAAGAAGUCGCCUGAAAACACCCACGUCCUCCUCUCCUUUGAAGACGUCGUCCUCGACCGCAGCUACAUCGUUUCUUUCCCCGUAGGUCGUUUUCUCGACAAGCUGUAUUCAGUGACCUAUGAAAACUGUUACUGCCUUUGGAAAUCCACUAUGGUCGUUGGCUCGUGCAACGGCUUGGUCUGCUUGUGCGGUUAUUUAUGUGUUGGCGGAGUCCAACAAUUCUUUGUUAGGCUAUGGAACCCGACCACGCACCUCAAGUCUGAGAUGUCACCAACCCUUCCUAGGGACAUAAGUCACAUGCGAACUUGGGUGUUUGACCCGUGGGAUAAGGUGAACCGCGGUUUCGGCUAUGAUGAAUCACGUGACACUUACAAGGCUGUGAUGGCUCUUUGCCAUAGUAUAGAGCCCGAGCCCAAAAUGGAAACAACUGUUUACUGCAUGGGUGAUAGUUGUUGGAGAAAGAUUUCGAGCAGCCCUAGUUCCUCGGUUUUGCUACAGCAAUUCGAUGGUCAGUUUGUAGGUGGCUGUGUUAACUGGUUAGCACUUGACAACUUGAAUGGUCCAAACUAUGAGUGGCAAAGUGUUACUCUAGACCAGUUGGUGAUUGUUUGCUUUCACAUGCGUGAGGAGGCAUAUACGUAUUUGUCAUUACCGGAGGGUGUUAGUCUCUGA